GAAAGAGCGUGUGGGGGGAAAGAAAACGCCCUGGAAACUUUACUUGAUCGAAAAGUUGGAGAAGUCAUAGAAUUUCGUCAGACAAAGUUGAGAAGCGCUCUUCUUGGACUGGGGAGAAGGGAAAGACGACAACGUUUUCAAGGAUGCUCAAGCUUGUGUGAGGCUUCUCGGGCGCAACGUGUGCGCACAGAAGUCAAGAAAACAAGAACCAACGCAUCGGACUGAAGCCCUUGGCCUCGCUUGAGCGAUCCAAGGAAACCAAGAGGGUGACGUUCUUUCCCACCAGGGCUUGAGUGCACAAGAAACAAAACAAGAUGGCGGAUGAAGAGGAAACAAGGGAAGUGCUCUUUCCGGACUGGGAGGGUCCAGAUAAAACUGGCCUGACGAUUGAACAGACAAGUGAAGGAGAGAUCUUUGUAAAAGAAGUGAAAGGAGAGUCACCAGCAGCACGAUCUGGAAAAGUCUAUGAAGGUGACCAGAUUGUGGGUGCAACAAUCUAUUUUGACAAAAUGAGCUCAGAAGAAACAUCUGAGCUGCUGAAGACACUGAACCGUCACAAGGUUGGAUUGAAACUACAAAAUAAAGACAAAUCCCCAUGCUGCUCUCCCCUGAGCACACCAUGUCGUUCUCCGUUGGGUACUUUGACAUGGGAGGGGAAGUUAGGAAGCACCAGUCCAGACAUCCUCCUCAGUGGAGAUGAUGAGGACUACAAAAGGAUUUACACAAGGAAGAUCAAACCAAGACUCAAGUCUGAAGACCUUGCCGAAGGAGUAGAUGUGCGGACGGAGCGGCAUAGCAGCACAAGUAGCGAUGGCAGCACAAUUACAACUGUAACCCGUCGCAUCACCACCUACACCGUGGAUAUGCCGAGUGGCAUAAGUGAGCAACUUGAGCUUUCAAGCUCAGAUUUCAAGGGGCAAAAUCCAGAUGCAGAGGAUGGCUCAGUUGGAAUAAAUAUCUCACAUGGCAGCCCUUCGGGUAAAGUGGGAGCUGAAGGAGGAGUUUUUGACUUGGGCAAUGUCUCUUACAAGCUAAGAGAAAGUUCAAACACUGGUAGUAGGCAUGUUUCAAUGGGAGGGACAGGAGGUAGCAAAGAAUUUACAACAGAUAAUGACAACGAAGGGUCGAUUUGUGUGUCUGUACCAGGAAAAGGAAAGCAGAUUUUUGUGACAUCCAUAGAUAAAAUACAAGAGGGUGAAGGAACAAAGGUAAAGUUACCUGAAAUUACCAUUAGUGACAAACAUGCAAAGGAAUCCAGCUCCAUUCAUAUUCCAAACAUAUCCCUGAGUGGAGGUUUUACAGAUGCUGAAAGUGAAUUGAAAGGUCCUUCUGCAAAUACUAACAUCAGCAUUCAAACAAAAAAGUAUCAUGUUCACAGCCCAACUCUUAAGCAGAACGAAGGGGAUUUCAAAAUGCCUCAAAUAAAUAUAACAUCACAUGUACCAGAAGGUUCAAAGUUUGAUGUGAAAACUCAGGAAAUUGAGAUUAAUCAGACAAGUCCACAAAUAAAAGGAAAAGUGAACGUGUCAACCCCAAAGAUGGAUGGGAAUGUAAAAAUACAAGAUGUGGUAAUCCAGAGUCCUGAGAUAAACACUCAAGAACUAAAGGGCACAAAGAUUAGUAAAACAUUUCCCAAAUCUGACAUAUCAGGCCCGAGUAUUACAAUGCCAAAUGUGCAAUUAAAUAUUAAAGGCCCACAAAUCAAAGGAGACAAAGAUCUGUCAUUACAGAGUCUUGAACAAAAUAUGAAAGCCAAAGAGCAGGACCCUGACAUUAACAUAAACUUGAGAAAGACUGGUAUUGAUGUCAAGAUUCCUGAGAUGGACGUUCAAGGCCCAGAUUUCACAGCACCAAAAAUUUCAGGUCCACAUAUCUCCAUUCCAGGUUUGACUCUUAAAGGCUCUAAAGUUAUAGGUACAGAUGGAGAAAUUAAAGCACCUAAAAUUGCUAUCAAAGACCCAAAAGUUGAUAUUAAGGUUUCUCCAGGUGGCAAAGGUCCAAAGCUGGAGGCUCCUAAUGUUGACAUAAACCUCCCCAAUGCCAAUAUUGAUGUCAAUGUCCCUGAAGUUGAUGUCAAUCUCUCAAAAACUGAUGUACGCAUCAAGGGUCCAGAUCUCGAUGUUGAAGUACCAGAUGUUGACAUUGGUAGUCCAAGUUGGAACAUCAAGGGACCUAAAGUGAAGAUGCCAAAAAUCUCAGGCACGAAUAUCAACAUGCCGAAAUUGGAUUUAAAUGUAAAAGGUCCUCAGGUCAAAGGUGACGUUAAUAUUUCAGGACCAAAUAUUGAGGGAGGGAUUGAAUUACCGGAAGGAGACAUUAAAGGCCCCAAAAUUGACAUUAAGGGCCCCAAGACUGGAUUUGAAAUGCCAAAAAUUGGUAUGCCGAAAUUUGACAUUAAAGGUCCCAAACUGGAGGGUUCUGAUGUUGACGUAGACCUACCCAAGACCAAUAUUGACAUUAGGGUCCCGAAAUGUGAUGUCAAUCUCCCAAAAACUGAUGUAGACAUCAAGGGUCAAGAUCUCAAUGUUGAAGUACCAGAUGUUGAUAUUGGCAGUCCAGGUUGGAACAUCAAGGGACCUAAAGUGAAGAUGCCAAAAAUCUCAGGCCCGAAUAUAAACGUGCCAAAACUGGAUUUACAUGUUAAAGGUCCUCACAUGAAGCGUGACAUUGAUGUUUCACUACCAAAUAUUGAGGGAAAUUUUGAAUUGCCGGAAGGUGACAUUAAAGGCCCUAAAGUUGACAUUAAGGGCCACAAAACUGGAUUUGAAAUGCCAAAAAUACGAAUGCCAGAAUUUGGCUCUAAAGGUCCAAAGCUGGAGGGUCCUGAUGUUGAUAUCAACCUUCCCAAAGCCAAUAUUGAUGUAAAGGGGCCAGAUGUAGAUGUUGAAGUACCAGAUGUGGACAUUGGCAGUCCCGGUUGGACGAUCAAGGGACCAAAAAUGAAGAUGCCAAAAAUCUCAGGCCCAAAUAUCAGUAUGCCAAAUUUGGAUUUCAAAGUGAAAGAACCUAAAGUCAAAGGUGAUGUUGAUGUUUCAGUACCAAAUAUUGAGGGAGGUAUUGAAUUGCCGGAAGGAGACAUUAAAGGUCCCAAAGUUUACAUUGAGGGCCCAAAGAAUGGAAUUGAAAUGCCGAAAAUCAGCAUGCCGGAAAUUGACAUCAAAGGCAAAAAAUUAGACAUUAAGGGCCCUAAAACUGGAUUUGAAAUGCCAAAAAUAAGUAUGCCAGAAAUUGGUUUUAAAGGUGGGUUGGAGGGUCCUGACGUUGACAUCGGCCUUCCCAAGACUAAUAUUGACAUAAAGGUCCCUGAUGUCGAUGUCAGUCUCCCCAAAACAGACGUAGACAUCUCGGGUCCAGAUCUCGAUGUUAAAGUACCAGACGUUGACAUUGGCAGUCCAGGUUGGAACAUCAAGGGACCUAAAGUAAAGAUACCAAAAAUCUCAGGCCCAAACAUCACCAUGCCAAGUCUAGCUCUUAAUAUGAAAGGUCCUGAAGUUAAAGGUGAUGUUGAUGUUUCACUACCAAAUAUUGAGGGAGGUAUUGAAUUGCCGGAAGGAGACACUAAAGGCCCUAAAGUUGACAUGAAAGGCCCCAGAACUGGAUUUGAAAUGCCAAAAAUCAGCAUGCCAAAAUUUGGCUUCAAAGACACAAAACUGGAUGGUCCUGACAUUGACAUCAAACUUCCCAAGGCCAAUAUUGAUGGCAAAGUCCCUGAUGUUGAUGUCAGUCUCCCCAAAGCUGACAUUGACAUCAGGGGGCCAGAUGUAGAUAUCAAGGGACCAAAAAUGAAGAUGCCCAAAAUCUCGGGCCCAAAUAUCAAUAUGCCAAAUUUGGAUUUCAAAAUGAAAGGACCUAAGGUCAAAGGUGACGUUGAUGUUUCAGUACCAAAUAUUGAGGGAAAUAUUGAAUUGCCGGAAGGAGACAUUAAAGGCCCCAAAGUUGAGAUUAAGGGCCCUAAAACUGGAUUUGAAAUGCCAAAAGUCAGUAUGCCAGAAUUUGGCUUUAAAGGUCCCAAACUGGAGGGUCCUGAAGUUGACAUCAACCUUCCCAAGGCUGACCUAGACAUCAAGGGGCCUGAUGUAGAUGUUGAAGUACCAGAUGUGGACUUUGGCAGUCCCGGUUGGAAGAUCAAGGGACCAAAAAUGAAGAUGCCCAAAAUCUCUGGCAGAAAUAUCAACAUGCCAAAUUUGGAUUUUAAAAUGAAAGGACCUAAAGUCAAAGGUGAUGUUGAUGUUUCAGUACCAAAUAUUGAGGGAGGUAUUGAAUUGCCGGAAGGAGACAUUAAAGGCCCCAAAAUUGACAUUAAGGGCCCCAAAACUGGAUUUACAAUGCCCAAAAUACAAAUGCCAGAAUUUGGCUUCAAAGGUCCAAAACUGGAGGGUCCUGACAUUGACCUCAACCUUCCCAAGGCCAAUAUUGAUGUCAGCGGGCCAAACGUAGAUGUUGAAGUACCAGAUGUGGACAUUGGCAGUCCCGGUUGGAAGAUCAAGGGACCAAAAAUGAAGAUGCCCAAAAUCACAGGCCCUAAUAUCAACAUGCCUGAAGUGGAUUUCCAUCUGAAAGGCCCUAAAGUCAAAGGUGAUGUUUCAGUCCCAAAUGUUGAGGGAGGUAUUGAAUUGCCGGAAGGAGACAUUAAAGGCCCCAAAAUUGACAUUAAGGGCCCCAAGACUGGAUUUGAAAUGCCAAAAAUUGGUAUGCCAGAAUUUGGCUUUAAAGGUCCCAAACUGGAGGGUCCUGACAUUGACAUCAACCUUCCCAAGGCCAAUAUUGAUGUAAAGGUCCCUGAUGUUGAUGUCAGUCUCCCCAAAGCCGACGUAGACAUUAAGGGGCCAAACGUAGAUGUCGAUGUACCAGAUGUGGACAUUGGCAGUCCCGGUUGGAAGAUCAAGGGACCAAAAAUGAAGAUGCCCAAAAUCUCAGGCCCAAAUAUCAAUCUGCCAAAUUUGGAUUUCAAAAUGAAAGGACCUAAAGUGAAAAGUGACGUUGAUGUUUCAGUACCAAAUAUUGAGGGAGGUAUUGAAUUGCCAGAAGGAGACAUCAAAGGCCCCAAAAUUGACAUUAAGGGCCCCAAAACUGGAUUUACAAUGCCCAAAAUACAUAUGCCAGAAUUUGGCUUCAAAGGUCCAAAACUGGAGGGUCCUGACAUUGACAUCAACCUUCCCAAGGCCAAUAUUGAUGUCAGCGGGCCAAACGUAGAUGUUGAAGUACCAGAUGUGGACAUUGGCAGUCCCGGUUGGAAGAUCAAGGGACCAAAAAUGAAGAUGCCCAAAAUCUCAGGCCCAAAUAUCAAUCUGCCAAAUUUGGAUUUCAAAUUGAAAGGACCUAAAGUGAAAAGUGACGUUGAUGUUUCAAUACCAAAUAUCGAGGGAGGUAUUGAAUUGCCAGAAGGAGACAUCAAAGGCCCCAAAAUUGACAUUAAGGGCCCCAAAACUGGAUUUACAAUGCCCAAAAUACAAAUGCCAGAAUUUGGCUUCAAAGGUCCAAAACUGGAGGGUCCUGACAUUGACAUCAAACUUCCCAAGGCCAAUAUUGAUGUCAGCGUCCCUGAUGUUGAUGUCAGUCUCCCCAAAGCUGACCUAGACAUCAAGGGGCCAGAUGUAGAUGUUGAAGUACCAGAUGUGGACAUUGGCAGUCCUGGUUGGAAGAUCAAGGGACCAAAAAUGAAGAUGCCCAAAAUCUCAGGCCCUAAUAUCAACAUGCCUGAAGUGGAUUUUCAUCUGAAAGGUCCUAAAGUCAAAGGUGAUGUUUCAGUCCCAAAUAUUGAGGGAGGUAUUGAAUUGCCGGAAGGAGACAUUAAAGGCCCCAAAGUCGACAUUACGGGCCCCAAAACUGGAUUUGAAAUGCCAAAAAUGCGAAUGCCAGAAUUUGGCUUUAAAGGUCCCAAACUGGAGGGUCCUGACGUUGAUAUCAACCUUCCCAAGGCCAAUAUUGAUGUAAAGGUCCCUGAUGUUGAUGUCAGUCUGCCCAAAACUGACGUAGACAUCAAGGGGCCAAACGUAGAUGUUGAAGUACCAGAUGUGGACAUUGGCAGUCCUGGUUGGAAGAUCAAGGGACCAAAAAUGAAGAUGCCCAAAAUCUCAGGCCCAAAUAUCAACAUGCCAAAUUUGGAUUUUAAAAUGAAAGGACCUAAAGUCAAAGGUGAUGUUGAUGUUUCAGUACCAAAUAUUGAGGGAGGUAUUGAAUUGCCGGAAGGAGACAUUAAAGGCCCCAAAAUUGACAUUAAGGGCCCCAAAACUGGAUUUACAAUGCCCAAAAUACAUAUGCCAGAAUUUGGCUUCAAAGGUCCAAAACUGGAGGGUCCUGACAUUGACAUCAACCUUCCCAAGGCCAAUAUUGAUGUCAAGGUCCCUGAUAUUGAUGUCAGUCUCCCCAGAGCUGACCUAGACAUCAAGGGGCCUGAUGUAGGUGUUGAAGUACCAGAUGUGGACAUUGGCAGUCCCGGUUGGAAGAUCAAGGGACCAAAAAUGAAGAUGCCCAAAAUCUCAGGCCCUAAUAUCAACAUGCCUGAAGUGGAUUUCCAUUUGAAAGGCCCCAAAGUCAAAGGUGAUGUUUCAGUCCCAAAUAUUGAGGGAGGUAUUGAAUUGCCGGAAGGAGACAUUAAAGGCCCCAAAGUCGACAUUAAGGGCCCCAAAACUGGAUUUGAAAUGCCAAAAAUGCGAAUGCCAGAAUUUGGCUUUAAAGGUCCCAAACUGGAGGGUCCUGACGUUGAUAUCAACCUUCCCAAGGCCAAUAUUGAUGUCAAGGUUCCUGAUGUUGAUGUCAGUCUCCCCAGAGCUGACCUAGACAUCAAGGGGCCUGAUGUAGGUGUUGAAGUACCAGAUGUGGACAUUGGCAGUCCCGGUUGGAAGAUCAAGGGACCAAAAAUGAAGAUGCCCAAAAUCUCAGGCCCAAAUAUCAAUCUGCCAAAUUUGGAUUUCAAAUUGAAAGGACCUAAAGUUAAAAAUGACGUUGAUGUUUCAGUACCAAAUAUCGAGGGAGGUAUUGAAUUGCCAGAAGGAGACAUCAAAGGCCCCAAAAUUGACAUUAAGGGCCCCAAAACUGGAUUUACAAUGCCCAAAAUACAAAUGCCAGAAUUUGGCUUCAAAGGUCCAAAACUGGAGGGUCCUGACAUUGACGUCAACCUUCCCAAGGCCAAUAUUGAUGUCAGCGUCCCUGAUGUUGAUGUCAGUCUCCCCAAAGCUGACCUAGACAUCAAGGGGCCAGAUGUAGAUGUUGAAGUACCAGAUGUGGACAUUGGCAGUCCUGGUUGGAAGAUCAAGGGACCAAAGAUGAAGAUGCCAAAAAUCUCAGGCCCAAAUAUCAACAUGCCAAAUUUGGAUUUCAAAAUGAAAGGACCUAAAGUCAAAGGGGACGUUGAUGUUUCAGUACCAAAUAUUGAGGGAGAUAUUGAAUUGCCGGAAGGAGACAUUAAAGGCCCCAAAAUUGACAUUAAGGGCCCUAAAACUGGAUUUACAAUGCCCAAAAUACAAAUGCCAGAAUUUGGCUUUAAAGGUCCAAACCUGGAGGGUCCUGACAUUGACAUUAAACUUCCCAAGGGCAAUAUUGAUGUCAGUAUCCCUGAUGUUGAUGUCAGUCUCCCCAAAGCUGACAUUGACAUCAAGGGGCCAGAUGUAGAUGUUGAAUUACCAGAUGUGGACAUUGGAAGUCCUGGUUGGAAGAUCAAGGGACCAAAAAUGAAGAUGCCCAAAAUCUCAGGCCCAAAUAUACACAUGCCUGAAGUGGAUUUCCAUCUGAAAGGCCCUAAAGUCAAAGGUGAUGUUGAUGUUUCAGUACCAAAUAUUGAGGGAGGUAUUGAAAUGCCGGAGGGAGACAUCAAAGGCCCCAAAAUUGACAUUAAGGGCCCCAAGACUGGAUUUGAAAUGCCAAAAAUCAGUAUGCCCAAAUUUGGCUUCAAAGGUAACAAAUUUGAGGGUCCUGAUGUUGACGUAAACCUUCCGAAGGCUAAUCUUGAAGUUGAAAUACCUGAGGUUGAACUCAAGAGCACAGAAUUUGAUGUAAAUCUCCCCAAAGCUGAUUUGGAUAUCAAAGAUUUAAAUGUGGACAUCAAAGGACCUCAUUUUGAAAUGAACAGCCCGAGUGGAAAGAUAAAGGGACCAAAAUUUAAAAUGCCAAGCAUCUCCAUGCCUGACGUGGAUUUCCAUUUGAAAGGCUCUAAACUCAAAGGCGAUAUUGCAAAUGUUGGAGAUAUUAAAGCUCCAGUAGUGGAUAUAAAACCCCUGAAAGUGGAUGUUAAAGGCCCCAAAACUGGAUUUGAAAUGCCAAAAAUAAAAAUGCCAGAAUUUGGCUUCAGACGUCCAAAGGUGGAGGGUCCUGACGUUGACAUAAACCUUCCGAAGGCCAAUAUUGAUGUCAAGGUCCCUGAUGUUGAUGUGAGUCUCCCCAAAGCUGACGUAGACAUCAAGGGUCCAGAUUUAGAUGUUGAAGUACCAGAUGUUGACAUUGGAAGUCCAGGUUGGAAGAUCAAGGGACCAAAAAUGAAGAUGCCAAGGAUCUCCAUGCCAGAUGUGGAUUUUCAUCUGAAAGGCCAUAAACCCAAAGCGGAUGUUGAUCUUUCAGUACCAAAUGUUGAGGGAGGUAUUGAAUUGCCAGAAGGAGACAUUAAAGGGCCCAAAGUUGAUAUCAAGGGCCCCAAAACUGGAUUUGAAAUGCCAAAAAUACGAAUGCCAGGAUUUGGCUUUCAAGGUCCAAAACUGGAGGGUCCUGACGUUGACAUCAACCUUCCCAAGGCCAAUAUUGAUGUCAAGGUCCCUGAUGUUGAUGUCAGUCUCCCCAAAGCUGACAUUGACAUUAAGGGGCCAGAUGUAGAUGUUGAAGUACCAGAUGUGAACAUUGGCAGUCCUGGUUGGAACAUCAAAGGACCAAAACUGAAGAUGCCCAAAAUCUCAGGCCCCAAUAUCAAUAUGCCAAAUUUGGAUUUCAAAAUGAAAGGACCUAAAGUCAAAGGUGAUGUUGAUGUUUCAGUACCAAAUAUUGAGGGAGGUAUUGAAUUGCCGGAAGGAGACAUUAAAGGCCCCAAAAUUGACAUUAAAGGCCCCAAAACUGGAUUUACAAUGCCCAAAAUACAUAUGCCAGAAUUUGGCUUUAAAGGUCCAAAACUGGAGGGUCCUGACAUUGACAUCAACCUUCCCAAGGCCAAUAUCGAUGUCAGUGUCCCUGAAGUUGAUGUCAGUCUCCCCAGAGCUGACCUAGACAUCAAGGGGCCUGAUGUAGAUGUCGAAGUACCAGAUGUGGACAUUGGCAGUCCCGGUUGGAAGAUCAAGGGACCAAAAAUGAAGAUGCCCAAAAUUUCAGGCCCAAAUAUCAACAUGCCUGAAGUGGAUUUCCAUCUGAAAGGCUCUAAAGUCAAAGGUGAUGUUGAUCUUUCAGUACCAAAUGUUGAGGGAGGUAUUGAAUUGCCAGAAGGGGACAUUAAAGGCCCCAAAAUUGACAUUAAGGGCCCCAAAACUGGAUUUGAAAUGCCAAAAAUACGAAUGCCGGAUUUCGGCUUUAAAGGUCCAAAAUUGGAGGGUCCUGAUGUUGACGUCAACCUUCCCAAGGCCAAUAUUAACGUUAAUGUCCCUAACGUUGAUGUCAGUCUCCCUAAAACUGACAUAGACAUCAAGGGGCCAGAUGUAAAUGUUGAAGUGGCAGAUGUGGACAUUGGCAGUCCUGGUUGGAAGAUCAAGGGACCAAAAAUGAAGAUGCCCAAAAUCUCAGGCCCAAAUAUCAAUAUGCCAAAUUUGGAUUUCAAAAUGAAAGGACCUAAAGUCAAAGGUGACGUUGAUGUUUCAGUACCAAAUAUUGAGGGAGGUAUUGAAUUGCCGGAAGGAGACAUUAAAGGCCCCAAAAUUGACAUUAAGGGACCCAAAACUGGAUUUGAAAUGCCCAAAAUACAAAUGCCAGAAUUUGGCUUUAAAGGUCCAAAAUUGGAGGGUCCUGACGCUGACAUCAACCUUCCAAAGGCUAAUAUUGACUUUAACAUCCCUAACGUUGAUGUCAGUCUCCCCAAAACUGACAUAGACAUCAAGGGGCCAGAUGUAGAUGUUGAAAUACCAGAUGUGGACAUUGGCAGUCCCAGUUGGAAGAUCAAGGGACCAAAAAUGAAGAUGCCCAAAAUCUCAGGCCCAAAUAUCAACAUGCCAAAUUUGGAUUUUAAAAUGAAAGGACCUAAAGUCAAAGGUGAUGUUGAUGUUUCAGUACCAAAUAUUGAGGGAGCUAUUGAAUUGCCAGAAGGAGACAUUAAAGCCCCCAAAAUUGACAUUAAGGGCCCAAAAACUGGAUUUACAAUGCCCAAAAUACAAAUGCCAGAAUUUGGCUUUAAAGGUCCAAACCUGGAGGGUCCUGACAUUGACAUCAACCUUCCCAAGGGCAAUAUUGAUGUCAGUAUCCCUGAUGUUGAUGUCAGUCUCCCCAAAGCUGACAUUGACAUUAAGGGGCCAGAUGUAGAUGUUGAAGUACCAGAUGUGAACAUUGGCAGUCCUGGUUGGAACAUCAAAGGACCAAAACUGAAGAUGCCCAAAAUCUCAGGCCCCAAUAUCAAUAUGCCAAAUUUGGAUUUCAAAAUGAAAGGACCUAAAGUCAAAGGUGAUGUUGAUGUUUCAGUACCAAAUAUUGAGGGAGGUAUUGAAUUGCCGGAAGGAGACAUUAAAGGCCCCAAAAUUGACAUUAAAGGCCCCAAAACUGGAUUUACAAUGCCCAAAAUACAUAUGCCAGAAUUUGGCUUUAAAGGUCCAAAACUGGAGGGUCCUGACAUUGACAUCAGCCUUCCCAAGGGCAAUAUUGAUGUCAGUAUCCCUGAUGUUGAUGUCAGUCUCCCCAAAGCUGACAUUGACAUCAAGGGGCCAGAUGUAGAUGUUGAAUUACCAGAUGUGGACAUUGGCAGUCCUGGUUGGAACAUCAAAGGACCAAAACUGAAGAUGCCAAAAAUCUCCGGCCCAAAUAUCAAUAUGCCAAAUUUGGAUUUCAAAAUGAAAGGACCUAAAGUCAAAGGUGAUGUUGAUGUUUCAGUACCAAAUAUUGAGGGAGGUAUUGAAUUGCCGGAAGGAGACAUUAAAGGCCCCAAAAUUGACAUUAAGGGCCCAAAAACUGGAUUUACAAUGCCCAAAAUACAAAUGCCAGAAUUUGGCUUUAAAGGUCCAAAACUGGAGGGUCCUGACAUUGACCUCAACCUUCCCAAGGGCAACAUUGAUGUCAGCGUCCCUGAUGUUGAUGUCAGUCUCCCCAAAGCUGACGUAGACAUCAAGGGGCCAGAUGUAGAUGUUGAAGUACCAGGUGUGGACAUUGGCAGUCCCAGUUGGAAGAUCAAGGGACCAAAAAUGAAGAUGCCCAAAAUCUCAGGACCAAAUAUUUCUAUGCCUGAUGUGGAUUUCCACCUUAAAGGUCAUAAACUUAAAGGUGAUGAUGUAACAUUACCAAAUAUCGAGGGAGAAAUAAAAACUCCAGGCAUUGAAAUUAAAGGUCCCAAAGUUGACAUUAAGAGUCCUAAGAGUGGUUUUGGAUUACCAAAGUUUAAAAUGCCAGACUUCGGCUUUAAAUCUAAAAAACUGGAAAGCCCUGACAUCAACAUAAAACCCCCAAAGACUAAUAUUGACAUCAAGGGCAUGGAAACUCAAGGGCCUGACGUGAAUGUCAGUCUUCCAAAAGCUGAUUUGAAAAUUAAGGAUGUUGGAUUGGACAUCAAAGGACCACAUGUUGAUAUUGAAAGUCACACUGGCAAUAUAAAAGGACCGAAGUUCCAGAUGCCAAAAAUCUCAGGACCAAGCAUCUCCAUGCCUGAUGUAGAUUUCCAAAUUAAAGGCUCUAAACUUAAAGGUGAUAUUGACGUGUCAGUACCAAAUAUGAAGGGAGAUGUUAACGUUCCGGAAGCGGGUGUCAAAGGCCCCAAAGUUGACAUUAAAGGCCCCAAGACUGGAUUUGAAAUGCCAAAAAUUAGUAUGCCAGAUUUUCGUUUUAAAGGUCCAAAACUGGAGGGUCCUGACGUUGACAUCAACCUUCCCAAGACCAAUAUUGAUGUCAAGGUCCCUGAUGUUGAUGUCAGUCUCCCCAGAGCUGACCUAGACAUCAAGGGGCCUGAUGUAGAUGUUGAAGUUCCAGAUGUAGACAUUGGCAGUCCCGGUUGGAAGAUAAAGGGACCAAAAAUGAAGAUGCCCAAAAUCUCAGGCCCAAAUAUCAACAUGCCUGAAGUGGAUUUCCAUCUCAAAGCCCCUAAAGUCAAAGGAGAUAUUGAUGUUUCAGUACCAAAUAUUGAGGGAGGUAUUGAAUUGCCGGAAGGAGACAUUAAAGGCCCCAAAACUGACAUUAAGGGCCCCAAAACUGGAUUUACAAUGCCCAAAAUACAUAUGCCAGAAUUUGGCUUUAAAGGUCCAAAACUGGAGGGUCCUGACAUUGACAUCAACCUUCCCAAGGCCAAUAUUGAUGUCAGCGUCCCUGAUGUUGAUGUCAGUCUCCCCAAAGCUGACGUAGACAUUAAGGGCACAGAUGUAGAUUUUGAAGUACCAGAUGUGGACAUUGGCAGUCCCGGUUGGAAGCUCAAGGGACCAAAAAUGAAGAUGCCCAAAAUCUCAGGCCCAAAUAUCAACAUGCCAAAUUUGGAUUUUAAAAUGAAAGGACCUAAAGUGAAAGGUGAUCUUGAUGUUUCAGUUCCAAAUAUUGAGGGAGGUCUUGAAUUGCCGGAAGGAGACAUUAAAGGCCCCAAAAUUGACAUUAAAGGACCCAAAACUGGAUUUGAAAUGCCCAAAAUACGAAUGCCAGACUUUGGCUUUAAAGGUCCAAAAAUGGAGGGUUCUGAUGUUGACAUCAACCUUCCCAAGGGCAAUAUUGAUGUAAGCGUCCCUGAUGUUGAUGUCAGUUUCCCCAAAGUUGACGUAGACAUUAAGGGGCCAGAUGUAGAUGUUGAAGUACCAGAUGUGGACGUUGGCAGUCCCGGUUGGAAGAUCAAGGGACCAAAAAUGAAGAUGCCCAAAAUCUCAGGCCCAAAUAUCAACAUGCCAAAUUUGGAUUUUAAAAUGAAAGGACCUAAAGUCAAAGGUGAUGUUGAUGUUUCAGUACCAACUAUUGAGGGAGAUAUUGAAUUGCCGGAAGGAGACAUUAAAGGCCCCAAAAUUGACAUUAAGGGCCCCAAAACUGGAUUUACAAUGCCCAAAAUACAAAUGCCAGAAUUCGGCUUUAAAGGUCCAAAACUGGAGGGUCCUGACAUUGACCUCAACCUUCCCAAGGGCAAUAUUGAUGUCAGCGUCCCUGAUGUUGAUGUCAGUCUCCCCAAAGUUGAUGUCGAAAUCAAGGGGCCAGAUGUAGAUGUUGAAUUACCAGAUGUGGAUAUUGGCAGUCCUGGUUGGAAGAUCAAGGGACCAAAAAUGAAAAUGCCAAAAAUCUCCGGCCCAAAUAUCAAUAUGCCAAAUUUGGAUUUCAAAAUGAAAGGACCUAAAGUCAAAGGUGAUGUUGAUGUUUCAGUACCAAAUAUUGAGGGAGGUAUUGAAUUGCCGGAAGGAGACAUUAAAGGCCCCAAAAUUGACAUUAAGGGCCCUAAAACUGGAUUUACAAUGCCCAAAAUACAAAUGCCAGAAUUUGGCUUUAAAGGUCCAAACCUGGAGGGUCCUGACAUUGACAUCAACCUUCCCAAGGGCAAUAUUGAUGUCAGUAUCCCUGAUGUUGAUGUCAGUCUCCCCAAAGCUGACAUUGACAUUAAGGGGCCAGAUGUAGAUGUUGAAGUGCCAGAUGUGAACAUUGGCAGUCCUGGUUGGAACAUCAAAGGACCAAAACUGAAGAUGCCAAAAAUCUCCGGCCCAAAUAUCAAUAUGCCAAAUUUGGAUUUCAAAAUGAAAGGACCUAAAGUCAAAGGUGAUGUUGAUGUUUCAGUACCAAAUAUUGAGGGAGGUAUUGAAUUGCCGGAAGGAGACAUUAAAGGCCCCAAAAUUGACAUUAAGGGCCCAAAAACUGGAUUUACAAUGCCCAAAAUACAAAUGCCAGAAUUUGGCUUUAAAGGUCCAAAACUGGAGGGUCCUGACAUUGACCUCAACCUUCCCAAGGGCAAUAUUGAUGUCAGCGUCCCUGAUGUUGAUGUCAGUCUCCCCAAAGUUGACGUAGACAUUAAGGGGCCAGAUGUAGAUUUUGAAGUACCAGAUGUGGACAUUGGCAGUCCCGGUUGGAAGAUCAAGGGACCAAAGAUGAAGAUGCCAAAAAUCUCAGGCCCAAAUAUCAACAUGCCAAAUUUGGAUUUCAAAAUGAAAGGACCUAAAGUCAAAGGGGACGUUGAUGUUUCAAUACCAAAUAUUGAGGGAGAUAUUGAAUUGCCGGAAGGAGACAUUAAAGGCCCCAAAAUUGACAUUAAGGGCCCUAAAACUGGAUUUACAAUGCCCAAAAUACAAAUGCCAGAAUUUGGCUUUAAAGGUCCAAACCUGGAGGGUCCUGACAUUGACAUUAAACUUCCCAAGGGCAAUAUUGAUGUCAGUAUCCCUGAUGUUGAUGUCAGUCUCCCCAAAGCUGACAUUGACAUCAAGGGGCCAGAUGUAGAUGUUGAAUUACCAGAUGUCGAUAUUGGCAGUCCUGGUUGGAAGAUCAAGGGACCAAAAAUGAAAAUGCCAAAAAUCUCAGGCCCAAAUAUCAAUAUGCCAAAUUUGGAUUUCAAAAUGAAAGGACCUAAAGUCAAAGGUGAUGUUGAUGUUUCAGUACCAAAUAUUGAGGGAGGUAUUGAAACGCCGGAAGGAGACAUUAAAGGCCCCAAAACUGGAUUUGAAAUGCCCAAAAUACGAAUGCCAGACUUUGGCUUUAAAGGUCCCAAACUGGAGGGUCCUGACAUUGACCUCAACCUUCCCAAGGGCAAUAUUGAUGUCAGCGUCCCUGAUGUUGAUGUCAGUCUCCCCAAAGUUGACGUAGACAUUAAGGGGCCAGAUGUAGAUGUUGAAGUACCAGAUGUGGACAUUGGCAGUCCCGGUUGGAAGAUCAAGGGACCAAAGAUGAAGAUGCCAAAAAUCUCAGGCCCAAAUAUCAAUAUGCCUAAUUUGGAUUUCAAAAUGAAAGGACCUAAAGUCAAAGGUGAUGUUGAUGUUUCAGUACCAAAUAUUGAGGGAGGUAUUGAAUUGCCGGAAGGAGACAUUAAAGGCCCCAAAAUUGACAUUAAGGGCCCCAAAACUGGAUUUGAAAUGCCAAAAAUGCGAAUGCCAGAAUUUGGCUUUAAAGGUCCCAAACUGGAGGGUCCUGACAUUGACAUCAACCUUCCCAAGGCCGAUAUUGAUGUAAAGGGGCCAAACGUAGAUGUUGAAGUACCAGAUGUGGACAUUGGCAGUCCUGGUUGGAAGAUCAAGGGACCAAAAAUGAAGAUGCCCAAAAUCUCAGGGCCAAAUAUCAAUAUGCCAAAUUUGGAUUUCGAAAUGAAAGGACCUAAAGUCAAAGGUGAUGUUGCUGUUUCAGUACCAAAUAUUGAGGGAGGAAUCGAAUUGCCAGAAGGAGACAUUAAAGGCCCCAAAAUUGACAUUAAGGGCCCCAAAACUGGAUUUGAAAUGCCCAAAAUACGAAUGCCAGACUUCGGCUUUAAAGGUCCAAAACUGGAGGGUCCUGACGUUGACAUCAACCUUCCCAGGGCCAAUAUUGAUUUCAGUCUCCCUAAAGCUAACGUAGACAUUAAAGGUCCAGAUCUUGAUGUUGAAGUACCUGAUGUUGACAUUGAUAGCCCCAGUGCAAAGAUCAAGGGGCAGAAAUUCAAGAUGCCAAAAGUCUCAGGACCUAACAUUACCAUGCCAAGUGUGGAUUUAUCUUUGAAAGGCCCUCAUCUUAAAAGUGAUAUAGAUAUGUCAGUACCGAACAUUGAGGGAGAUAUAAAUCCAUCAAAAUUGGAAAUUACAAGUCCCAAAAUUGACAUUCAGGGUCCGAAAAGUGGAUUUGCAUUACCAAAAUUAGAAAUGCCAGAAUUUGGGUUCAAAGGUCACAAUGUAGCGGAUCCUCAAGUUGACAUGAGCCUCCCCAAAUUUCAGGGUGACCUCGAAGGAAACAUCCAUUUCCCAAAAGCUGAGCUUGAUGUGCAUGAUGUUAGUGUUGAUGUUCCAGGCUUCAGCACUAAAAAAUCUAAAUUCAAAAUGCCCAAAUUUGGUUUCAGGGGCCCAAAGGUAAAGAACCCAGAAAUUGAUUUGAAACAGACACACGGAAAUAUCAACAUCAAAGGAAAGACUGGUAGUAUUGAGGGACUGGAUGCAGACAUGGAUGUAACAGGCCCCAAAAUAAAAGGAUCCAAAUUUAAAAUGCCAAAAUUUGGUUUUAAGGUCCCUAAGGUGGAAAUUCCAGGAGCUGAUCUUAAUAUGAGUAAGGCCAGUGGAGAAAUACAAUUUCCAGAUGUUGACAUUGAAGGACCCGAAAUAAAAAGUGGAGAUGCUGAUGUAAAAAUCAAAGGAGGAAAGCUCAAAAUGCCAUCUCUUUCAGGAACAAAAUUUUCUCUUCCUGAUGUUGAUUUUGGUCUUGAAAGUCCAAAGGUCAAUGUUAAUACGGACAUGUCACUUCCGAAGGCUGACAUAGAUUUAAAAGUACCAAGCGCUGAUGUAAAAGGUCCAAACCUUCCCAAGGCUGCUUUUGAUGUCAAUGUCCCUAAGGUUGAUAUUGAGGGGGCGGAUAUUGAUUUGAGUCUACCCAAAGCUGAUGUGACAAUUAGGGGACCCAAUGUGGAUUUUGAGGGACCAGAAGUUGAUGUUGACAGUUCCAGAGGGAAGAUCAAGGCACCGAAAUUCAAGAUGCCAAAAAUCUCUGGACCAAAUGUCACUAUUCCCAAUUUUGAUUUGGAUCUGAAAGGCCCUAAACUCAAAGGUGAUGUAGAUUUGUCAGUACCCAAUUUUGAGGCAGAUAUUGACAUCCAAGAUUCAAAUGUUAAGGGUGAAUUUGAAAUUCCUAGAUUAAAAUUGCCAAAAUUUGGCUUCAAAGGUUCAAAUCUGGAGGGCCCUGAUGUUGACUUAAAUAUUCCCAAGGCCAAUAUUGAUGUCAAAGGCCCUGAAGUCGAACUCCAAAACCCAGAAGUAGAUGUCAAUCUCCCCAAAGCUAAUUUCGACAUUAAGGGUCCAAAAUUCGGUUUGCCAAAAAUCACAGGUCCGAAUAUCAACAUGCCAAAGUUCAACGUAAAAGGUCCUAAAUUUGAAGGUGAUGUAAAUGUAUCAGUGCCAAAUAUUGAGGGAGACAUUGAAGCACCAAAAUUUGGUGUCAAAAGCUCAAAUCUUGACAUUAAAGGGCCCAAGACUCGAUAUGAAUUACCAAAAUUCAGUAUGCCAGAGUUAGGCUUUAAAGAUCCAAACGUGGAGGGCCCUGACAUUGACAUCAAACUUCCCAAGGCUAAUAUUGACAUCAAAGUCCCUGAGGUUGAUCUCCAAGGGCCAGAAGUUGGAAUAAAUCUCCCCAAAGCUGGUUGGAACAUUAAGGGCCCAACAUUGGAAAGUGAAGUACCGGAUGUUAACAUUGAGAGUCCAAGUGGAAAGAUCAAAGGUUCUAUGGGUGGAUUUGAAAUUCCUAGAUUAAAAAUGCCGCAGUUUGGCUUUGCCGGUCCAAAACUGGAGGGCCCUGACAUUGAUGUCAACCUUCCCAAAGCUAAUAUUAAUGUCCAAGCCCCCGAGUUUGGCUUGAAAGGUCAUGUUGAAGGACCAGAUGUUGACAUUGAUACCGCCAGUGGUAAGAUCAAGGGACCAAAAUUAAAGAUGCCCAAAAUCUCAGGCCCAAACAUCUCCAUGCCAAAAGGUAAUUUAACUUCUGACCUAAAAGGUGACAUUGAUAUGUCAGCAUCAAAUUUUGAUGGCAAAAUCAAGGCACCCCAAUUGGAUAUCAAUGUUCCAAAAGUCAAGGGUGCAACAGGUGCAUUUGAGAGUUCAAACGUGAAAGGUGAUUUGUCAUAUCCUGAUAUAGAUGUUAGCAUAAAGGGGAAGAGGGGUAAAUUUAAACUUCCUAAAGUGACAGGAAAGGCAAAAAAGCCAGAUUUUGACACAGAGACACCAUCAAUUGAUGUAACAGCAGGAACAUCUGAUAUUAAUGUCCAAAGAUCAAAAGUGAAAAAGCCCAUUUUUGGUAAACUUCAAUUUCCUGACGUAGAACUUGACAUCAAAUCCCCAAAACUCAAAGGCGACGGAUCUUUAUCUGAGGAAUUGAAAUCCCCUACUGUAGAGUUUGAGGGUUCUGCUACCAGUAGUUCAAAUAUCAGUUGCGAAGGCUUGGAUGUGAAAUUAAAGACUCCCCGGAUCAAAAUACCAGAAAUCGAAAUUUCUCCUGCUGGCGGCACAUUUAGAGGCCUUCAGUUUCCUGAAGGUACAGUGAGAUUUCCCAAGCUCAAGGUACCACAAUUUGGUUUUAGCCUGCCCCAAAUUGAGCGCCAGGAGGGUGACGGAAAGGUUGCGGCAAAUGUUGCAGCCAGUGGAGAGCUUCAGUGCUCACAGGAUAUUGCAGUUUCUAAUCCAGAAAUAAGGCAAAGUGAAGGAAAGAUAAAGGUGAAGGUACCAAAUUUCUUUGGCAAAUCAAAAGCAAAGGGCAGGAGUGCAGGGGACCUUCGAGGAACAGAUGUAAACCUGAGUACCGGUGGAAAAGGAGCGGUCUCUAAAGAUUUCAGUGUACACAGUGGAGAAGGAAAAUUACAAUUUGAGGGUGAUGCUGGACUCAGUGUUUCACCCAAAAGCAAGUCAGCGUCACUGGAUCUUUUCAAGAAGUCAAGGCAUCCAUCUCCCUCUUUGAGCGAUGAGGGGGGACUUGCAGUUGCUUCCCCUUCAGGGCACCUAGAGGCAGAGGGCAGUGAUAUUUCAUUAGAUCUAAGUGGAGCCAAAGUCAAAGGAAAGAAAGGCAAGUUGAAGUUUGGCACCUUUGGAGGUUUUGGUUCCAAGUCAAAGGGCUCGUAUGAAGUGACGUAUGGUGAAAGCAGUGAAGCAGGAGUGGAAGGUAGUGCAGGUGUGUCAUUGGACACCCCAAAAUCAAGAUUGUCCUCAUCAUCCAGCAAUGAUAGUGCGUCAAAGGCUGCUCUCAAGUUCCCGAAAAUUGAACUGUCUGUAUCACCCAAAAAUUAUUAAAUUGACAAUGACCUUAACUCGAGCUCCAAAAGACAUUCUCUCCAUCCAGAUAUAUGAGAUACCAAAUGUAUACUAUUUUCAAACUUCAAUUUGCUAAUUCAAAGAAUAAAUGCAGCCAUCUCAUUUUUAAAUUUACCAGUGAUAGGCAGAAACGAGAGGGAUACUUAAAGACCCUAUCAAACUGUAAAUAAAAUGUAUUGUGAUAAAUAUUGUUUUCCUGUACAUAGUCAAAAUUUAUUGCGAAUAUACCAUCUCAACAAAUAUUCCACUUACCGGUAUUAUUUUGUCCUGCUUCAUUCAAUUAAAUGUUCUUCAUGAAUGGUUGUGGUAUAAUUUUAUGCAGGGUCUGUUUCGCUGAACAGCCACAGUUGUUAUUUUGAAGGAACGUAGUUUAUACAGUUAAACACAAUUAUAAACAGUUUCCAGUUUUAGUCUGAAGCUUUCGUUUUUGUAUUAUCAGUCAUUUGUGCAUCUUAAAGCUGGGCCUGCAUAACAUACUCUAAGUUUGGUGAUGUUUUAUAGAUCUUAAUUGCACAGAUAUGUCACUAUGUUUAGAAGCUCAUAUCUUUUCAGCGCACCUUGUCAUCCUUGAAAGACUGUCCACAUUUGCUCUUCAUCUGUUUUUUUUUUUUAAAAACCUGUUUAUUGUACAGUUUGCCUGGUCAACCUUUACACCCUUCAUACAACAUUAAAUGUCACCAAUAAUAAAUGUCAUUGAUGGUAUUUUAAGAAAAACUUUAUUCAGAGAAAUUUGAUCCGAUAUGUGCAGGCAGAGUGUGAAUUGUGUUUUUCCUUUUGUGUGCAUUCUGUCUGAUAAACUAAUUAAAAUGUAUAGAAUGU